AUAAUCGGUGGGCCGAAGCCUGAAGAAGAGCAAGCGAAAGGAUUUGAGAGUUGGGAUUCGCCGGCGGCAACAGGCAGAAAAUGCUGAAUCAUUUGCUCUAUCGCUCUCACACCCCUUCUCUCCUCUUCUCCAGAACCUUCUCCUCCUCCUCUACGCUUUUCGUCAAAGGGAUAUCUUUCUCAAGCACAGAAGAAACAUUAACGCAAGCAUUUUCUCAAUAUGGUCGAGUUCUUGGAGUGGAUGUGGUAAUGGACGAAGUCAGAUGUAGGCCAAAAGGGUUUGCUUAUGUCACAUUCUCUUCUAAAGAAGAAGCCGCAAAAGCUUUAUUAGAACUAAACGGACAGUUGGUAGACGGGAGGGUUGUGAUCCUCGACACAACGAAAGCCGUGAAACAGAAUCGACCAGACAGCAAGCCGAAGCAUGCAGAUGCAGGUGGGUGAUAGCUGAUACUUCUCUUUUCUCUUACGAGCUAAUUGUUAGUGGAAGAGGUUCCGAACAGCCAACACGUGGUUACUCCAGAAAGUUAGGCAACGUUUUACUGUUUUGGCAGCAGAAGAAAGAAAAAAAGACGAGAAAGCCUCUGACUUAUCAAGUCUAUGAUCAUGUGAAGUUACUCCAGGUCCAGGCUAACCUACAUUUACCUAAUAGUCUUUAAUUUUUGUGGAUGACUGUGCUUCUUCUUUACCUCAUAUUUUCUCGUUCUUCUCCUUUGUUGGACAAAUUUACUCUUUCUUCUUUUCACAAGUUUCUUCAUGUUUUGGCAUCUUCAAAUUACACAACUAAAGCACCACAUGUAACGUAAUUAUUCAUUCGUCACC